AUGCUACACAAUAUAUAUUUUAACACCCACCUCGCUCCCACCUCGCUGCCACCUGCCCACCUCGCUGCCACCUGCCCACCUCGCUGCCACCUGCCCACCUCGCUGCCACCUGCCCACCUCGCUGUCACCUCCCCACCUCGCUGCCACCUCCCCACCUCGCUGCCACCUCCCCACCUCGCUGUCACCUGCCCACCUCGCUGCCACCUGCCCACCUCGCUGCCACCUGCCCACCUCGCUGUCACCUGCCCAUCUCGCUGCCACCUGCCCACCUCGCUGCCACCUGCCCACCUCGCUGUCACCUGCCCACCUCGCUGUCACCUGCCCACCUCGAUGCCACCUCCCCACCUCGCUGUCACCUCCCCACCUCGCUGCCACCUGCCCACCUCGCUGUCACCUCCCCACCUCGCUGCCACCUGCCCACCUCGCUGCCACCUGCCCACCUCGCUGCCACCUCCCCACCUCGCUGCCACCUCCCCACCUCGCUGCCACCUCCCCACCUCGCUGCCACCUCCCCACCUCGCUGCCACCUGCCCACCUCGCUGCCACCUCCCCACCUCGCUGCCACCUCCCCACCUCGCUGCCACCUCCCCACCUCGCUGCCACCUCCCCACCUCGCUGCCACCUGCCCACCUCGCUGCCACCUGCCCACCUCGCUGCCACCUCCCCACCUCGCUGCCACCUCCCCACCUCGCUGCCACCUCCCCACCACGCUGCCACCUCCCCACCUCGCUGCCACCUGCCCACCUCGCUGCCACCUCCCCACCUCGCUGCCACCUCCCCACCUCGCUGCCACCUCCCCACCUCGCUGCCACCUCCCCACCUCGCUGCCACCUCCCCACCUCGCUGCCACCUCCCCACCUCGCUGCCACCUGCCCACCUCGCUGCCACCACCCCACCUCGCUGCCACCUCCCCACCUCGCUGCCACCUCCCCACCUCGCUGCCACCUCCCCACCUCGCUGCCACCUCCCCACCUCGCUGUCACCUCCCCACACUGCCAUGUCCACCGCGCUGCUCUCUCGUUCCCGGCAACCUGUCCUGCUUUCGCGCCUUUUGUUCCGCCAGUCAGCGCUGCUUCUCCUUGCAUCUCUCCCGCUCGCCUCAUUGCCCAAACCUCCUCCCCCCUUCCUCGCCUCCCUGCCUGUGUCUCGUUCCCCACCCAAGCUCACCCGGCGCCCCCCCGUGCGUCUUCAAUCCCCGUCCCCCCGUCCUUCCCCCCUCAGGACAUGGACGGGUUGCUGCAGGAGGCGAGGGGCGUGGCGGUGCGGCUGCCAGCGGUGGCGCAGCUGCAGGCCCGGCGGGACGACGCACGGCGCUGGGGAGAGAGGGCACGCGCACUGCUGGCGGCACUGGGGGGCAAGGAUGGGGGGAGGGGCAAGCAGGCACACAAACAGGGAAAAAAAGAAGGGCAGGGGCAAGAGGAGGGGCAGGGGCAUGCAGGAGCAGCUAGUGUGGCAAGCAGCAAGUGUGGCCCGGGCAGCCCUCCCCCCUCCAGACUCUCUCCCCCUUCUGCUCCCCCCACCACACCUGCUCCUGCCACCCCCCUGCCUGUCACUCGCACCACCGCUGCUGCUGCUCCCUCUCCAGCAACCCCUCCUCCCACCGUUGCUGCCUGCACUCCCUCUUCCCACCACCCUGCAUCCAUCCCCACUCCGUCUGCCACAGCCCCUGCUGCGCUCACAGCUUCUGCCACUGACGCCACCCCUCUUGCUGCCCCUUGCCCUGCCGCUGUCCAAGCUACUCUGCUUCUCCCGUCGCCUUCCGCCGCUGUCCCACUUGCCACUGUCACACCCGCCACUGUCACACCCGCCACUGUCACACCCGCCACUGUCACACCCGCGUCGGGCAGGCAGAGCGGGUGGAAGGAGGAGCUGGCAGCGCUGGUGGAGGCCGGCACGCGCAUGCACGUAACUCUGGGCGAGAUGGAGCAGGUGCAGCAGCAGCUGCAGCGCAUGCAGUGGGAGGAGGCGGCGGAGGGGGCGCUCAUGCGCCGUGCAUCAGUGGACGAGCUGCUGGCGCUGCAGGCGCAGGGGGAGCGGCUGCCCACGGGCAGUGCAGUGGUGGCGCGCGUGCACGCGGUGGUGGCGGCAGGCAGCGACUGGCAGGCCAGGGCGCAGAGGGCGCUGCAGGAGGGGUGCAGCCUGGAGGAGGGCGAGGCGAUGAGCAGGGAGGCGGAGGCCAUCCCAGCAUCGCUGGCAGGCCAUGCUCACCUGAUGUCAGUGCUGGCGUCAGCAAGGGCAGCAGCAGCUCGAGGCGACCAGCUGCUGCUGGCUGCCUUGACUGCAGAGGUCGUUGCGCUGCCCGUGCGUCCACCGCACGCACCACAGCUCGCCUCGCUGCUCUCUUCUCUCGCCGCCUGGCAAUCCGCCACCUCACACGCCCUCCACACCGCCACCACCUUUCUCUCACCACCCACCACAGUCACACCGACCACAGCAGCUGCAGCACAGAGCACCCAAGCCAGCCCGGCUGCAGUGCCCAUCGCCGCCGAGUCAGGCGCCACACCCCUUGCAUCAGCACCAGCUGCGCCUGCAGGCAAGCCCCCCCCGGAGCUACUGGUGCCGGCAGCAGCAGCGAGCGCCAGUGCGGCUGAGCUGUCGUCGCUGCUCACCCAGGGGGCAGCACUGGGCGUGGCGGUGCCCGAGCUGCCGGCUGUGCGCGCGGUGGUGCAGCGCCUGCACUGGGAGGUCGCCGCCCAUGCCCUGCUGUCUGGCACUGCAGAUACUGCGGUGCAGAGUGGUGGUGUGGCGCAGGACAGUGCGGUGCAGGGUGGUGGUGAGAGGCGAGGCAAGCCCAGCGUGGAGGAGGUGGAGGCACUGGUGGCGGCUUACCCACUCACUGAUGCGCUCGCCCACCCUCCACCCCACCCAACGCCAUCAGCACCACCACUACCAUCAGCAGCUCCAUCCGAGGGCCUUGCUCAGCCUGCUGCAUCCGCCCCCUCUCCGCCCCCCUCGGCGCGCCUCUCCCUGCUGCACUCAGCCCUGGCGGACGCACGGCAGUGGGUGCAGGCGGCCAAUGAGAUGCUGACACGUGGCCCUGCCAGCUGUGAGGUGCAGGAGGUGGAGGCGAUGGUGGCACGUGGCAUGGCCUUGCAGGUGUGUGUGCACGACAAGUGCCACCAGCUCAGCACCGUCAUCGCCUCCCACAGGGAGUGGGUCAGCGAGGUGCAGCAACUGCUCGCCCCACGCCUCCCUGCGCCCACCUCACCACCUCCGCUGCUGCCCCGUGCACCUGCCACAACACUUGCGCACCUCAAGGGCCUCCAGGUGCGCGGCAGCAGCAGCGUGGUGGCGAGCGGGGAGGCCCGGCAGGUGCAGCAGGCAGUGGCAGCGCUGGACGACUGGCUCGUUGCCUGCUGUGCUGCCCUCCGGGGGGGCUCAGGGGACGAGGGGGCGAGAGGAGGAGGCGAGGGGGCACAAGGGGAGGGGAGUGUGGCACCAGGGGAGGGUAAGGGGCUGCACGGGGAGGGCAAGGGGCGGGUGUGUGAGGAGGAGGUGGUGCGGAAGCUGAAGCACAUGCACAGCAGCGUGCAAGCAGCUCUUCAUCGCAUCUCCUCCCUGGCCCGCCGCACCGCUGCCCUCUCACACCUCACUGCUCUGCCGGCUCAACCCUUCUCUGCGUCAGCCAAUGCUCCUCAUCCCGCAGUGCUGGCAGGCAGUGCAGUAGGUGCCACCGCAGAUGCCGUGGCUGCCGCCGCAUCUCCCGCAGCCACGGCCCCCACAGCCACAGCACCAGCUCAUGCGCCGGCACCAGGUGUGGCACCGGCAGUAGCAGCAGCAGUGCGAGGGGCGCCAGAGGCAUCAGAGGCACCUGUACCUGCUCCGCCUGGUGCUGCUGCGGCGGCGGUUGCUGGAAGCGUCUCUUCGUCCGACACCGUUUGCUGGUGUGCGGUGCUGCACCACGCCCACCCUGCAUGUGCUGCUUCUGCUGGUUUCUCUGGCGGCAGCGACGGGCAGGCAGUGGUUGGCGGGCAGGCGGGAGGAGGCGGUGGGGAUGUCCGGGUUCGGGGAAAGCGCAGCGGUGGGAGGAGAGCCGCUGCUGUUGUGUGCGGUGCUGUUGGGCGAGAGAGUGGUGCAGGCGGCGCAGGGAUGUCAUGGGAGAAGAGGGAAGAGAAGGCAGGAGAAGCAAGAGGCGAUAGGGAAGGGAAUAUGGGAGCAGUGCGUUUGGAGAAGGGUGAAGCAAAGGAGGAGGAGCAGAAAUUCCACGCCGACUGUCUCUCAUACUUGCAUGCUGCCGCCCCCUCCGCCGCUCAAGACGAGCAGCAGCAGGAGAAGGCGCAAGAGCAGAAGCGAGAGGCAGCAGGGCAGCAAGACAGCCACCCACAGCCGCAGCAGCGGCAACGGCACGACCAGAGCACUGAGAAACAGCAGCCGUUGCCGCCGCAGCAGCAGCAGCAGCAGCAGCAGCAGCAGGGUCCCUUCACAUGCCCGUUCUGCUCCUCCCUCGCCUCAGCAGCCGUCACACCUGCCGUCUCAGCAUUGUUCCAUGUACGUCCUGCCGCCCCACUGCUCCUGCUAAAAUGCCAUACCACCACAGGAGCACGCUUGCACGUCCCUCUUCCACUUGCACGUCCCUCUUCCACCUGCACGUCCCUCUUCCACCUGCACGUCCCUCUUCCACCUGCACAUGCAUCCGCCUCACUUGCCACCAGCAGCGCGACCUCGUCGCCUGCCCCGCGUGUCGCUGCGGUGCUUGGUGGGCCUGCUCUCUCGCGCUCUCCCUCUCCACCCCAGGAUCGCAGCCGUGCACAGCUUGGAGCAACUCGUCCAAUCAGCAACGCGUUGCUCUCACUUGCUGACAUCAGCGCUCUCCACCACCCUGUCCUUGCCACGUCAUGCCGAACCCCUGCCUCCCUCCAUACUCAGCUGUCUGCUUCAGGUGAUUUUUCAGCAUUGUUUCAGGUUAUGGCUGACCCUUUGUCUCAAGUGGCCUCCUGUCUUCCACUCGACAUGCCACUUGCCUCUCCGCCAUCGCUCUCCUCCACUGCCCCUGCUGCCACACCAGCGGCACCAGAUUCAAUAGCAGCGCAGGCAGCAGAGCCUCUUGCCUCGUGGCUGCUGCACGUGAAUGCAGUUCUCUCACCGCCCACACGCCAGCAGCAGCAGCAGCAUCUGGUGCAAGGGGAUCACACGAAGCAUGUCACCGGCACUGCAGCUGCUGCCGCGGCAGCGACUGUGGGAGUGGUGGCUGGAGGGCAACAGGAGGUGCAGCAGUCGGCAGGGCAGAGCGCCAAGGAUGGUGGAGGAGGGCCAACAGUGCCGACAGGGCCAGCGGCAGCGGCGGUGUCGGAGGCAGGGACAGGCUGCUCUGUUGAGGCGGGCGGCACGCUGGCGGUGAUGCAGAGGGCAGUGGCCGCCCACUGCUGGAGGGCUGCCACGUGUAGCGCUCUCAUUGGCCGCCCACGGCCCCGACCUUCCACCCUGGCACAGCUGGUGCAGACGGGCUCGCACACAGUAGGCACAACUGAUGCCGUUCUCGGGGAAGCCAAACAGCGACACGAGGCAGCUUCUGAGUGGCUGUCUUGCUUCAGCAAGGCACUCUCAUCUCAGUCACAGCUGUCAGAGCGCCAGGCCGCCCAGCGUCUGUCACAUCUGCGCGCGCUCAUCAGCCACGCCUCUGCCCUGCCUGUGGACCUGCGCCCAGAGAUCAAGGUGAGCAGCGAACCUGCUGCUGUCGUCAUGGAGAAUGCUGAUCAAACCCUGCGCCGCGCUGUGGCCCGCCUGGCAUCGCGCCUCAAGGCUGAUACCGCUGCAACUACUCCUCCUGCCACUCAAUCGCCUCCUCCCACCGCACCACCCACUGCAUCGCUGCUCACCGCACCCUCUCCCGCACGCACAGCGACGCCUCUGGCUGUAGCAAAAACUGUAGCGCCGUCAGGCAAAGCAGCUGCGACAGCACGUGGGGGAAUCGGCACCGCAGGUGCUGCCUCGGAACUGAAGGCGUCCGGGCUGAAAGGCUCUCGCAGUGCCAAGCGGAAGCUGGCAGCAGGCGGGGAAGGCAAGGCAGUGCGUGUGGCUGGCGCUGGUGCCACGGCCGCAGCCACCAAGGGCAAGAGGAGCCCUCGCGCCCUGCACGCAGCGGCCCUGCAAGGAGGCAGCUGCAUGGCCGUGCCUGCUUGUGCUACAACCUGCCCCCGUGGCCCGACUGUAACAUACGAGCCUGCCCCCGCCUCCUGCAUCGCCUCACCGCUUCUGCCUGCCUGCUCCUCCCUUCCUCAACCCACCGAUCCAUCCCGCAUGGCCUCUCGCCCUCUCUCCCCUUCACUCCCUGCCCCCCCGGCCACCUCCCCUGCUGCUGCUCCUCUGCCUGCACCGCUGGCAUCGCCAGAUGCCUGCCCGCCUGCCCCAGGGGACCGCAUCUCCAAACUCUCAACAUUGCCCCUCAAGCAGCCCGCUCUCUCCUUCCCGGUCCUCAAGAAGCGGCGCAGCGACCGACCCAAGGCAGGUGCUGUCAGCACGGCCGAGCCACCUUGA